GCAGCGCCGUCCGCCCAGUGUACACAGCACAGUGCUCCAAGGAGGGUGUGUGACGCGCGCCCUAGCCCUCAGUGUUGGCCUGCCUGACAGGUCACUCCGCCAUCUCCCGCUUGCCGCGGCCGCUUCAUCCAGGCGACAGGUUGUCUCGCGCGAUCAGGAUAUUGUUGUUGUGUCAGGCGCCGCAGUGCCACAGUGGAUAAUUGCGUACCAGUGAUCAUGCCGGACUGGCGGUGCCCAGGAGUGUGAGCUCGUCCCUAACUUGUGAGUGUUCCACCCCCACCGGAGGUGGCCGUCAAUGUUCGUGCCGGAACAGUGCCACGAGAAGAUGGCUCUUGUUGUGCCGCCAGGCUCGACCUGGCGCGACCCGCCCGUGUCUCUCCCGCCCACAACGGGCGAGGACGUCAGCCGGGAGCUGGGUGCCAGCGUCACCCCGCAACCCGCUGCUCCUCAGACGCCCACACCUAACUCUACCGCGGGCAGUGCGCCCUCGUCCGCCCCGAGUCCCACAGGGGAUGACAAGAAUGCACAGAACAUGACAUGUGUGGUGUGCAGCGACAAGAGUUCGGGAAAACACUACGGCCAGUUCACCUGCGAAGGCUGCAAGAGCUUCUUCAAGCGGUCGGUGCGACGGAACCUACAAUACUCCUGCAGAGGCAACCGCAACUGUCCAAUUGACCAGCACCACCGCAACCAGUGCCAGUACUGCCGCCUCAAAAAGUGCUUCAAGGUCGGCAUGCGGAGAGAAGACAAAAAUAAUGGGCAGCAUCUCCUCAUCAGGGGCUCAAUCCUCCCCCAAGACACGCUUCAGGCCGAGCAAGCCGUGCAGCGUGGCCGCGUCCCGCCCACCCAGGGUAUGGGCAUGCCCAGCCAAUUCAUGGCCAACGGCGACACCCUCAACGGCCACACGUACCUGUCCUCGUACAUCUCGCUGCUGCUGCGCGCCGAGCCCUUCCCCACCUCGCCCUACGGCCAGUGCAUGAACGCCAACAACAUCAUGGGCGUGGACAACAUCUGCGAGCUGGCCUCCCGCCUCCUCUUCUCGGCGGUGGGCUGGGCCAAGAACAUCCCCUUCUUCCCCGAGCUGCAGGUCACCGACCAGGUGGCACUGCUGCGGCUGGUCUGGUCUGAGCUGUUCGUGCUGAACGCCUCCCAGUGCUCCAUGCCCCUGCACGUGGCGCCGCUCCUGGCCGCGGCUGGCCUGCACGCCUCGCCCAUGGCCGCGGACAGAGUGGUCGCCUUCAUGGACCACAUUCGCAUCUUCCAGGAGCAAGUGGAGAAGCUGAAGGCACUCCACGUGGAUUCUGCGGAGUACUCGUGCCUCAAGGCCAUCGUCCUCUUCACUUCAGAUGCGUGCGGGCUGAGCGACCUCUCCCACAUCGAAGGGCUACAGGAGAAGUCCCAGUGUGCCCUGGAGGAGUACUGCAGGACACAGUACCCCAACCAACCCACUCGGUUCGGGAAGCUACUGCUCCGCCUGCCCUCGCUGCGCACCGUCUCUUCCACUGUUAUAGAGCAGCUCUUCUUUGUCAGACUGGUUGGCAAGACCCCCAUCGAAACCCUCAUCAGGGACAUGCUGCUCUCAGGAUCGACCUUCAACUGGCCCUACAUGGGCAGCAUGUGACAGGCGGCUCUGGGCACGAAUCCAGGCCUCACUCCAGGAAACGUGCCCACCUCAGCCGCCUCCCAUGCCCUCUCCUCCGCCGCCCACGCCCUCACGUCCGUCGCUCACGCCCAGACUUCGGCCCACACACACACUCCACCGGUGUCCUCCUUCCAGCUCCCCACACUCUCCACAACCUUUCGGUGAUGAACCGCUGAGGGAAGUCCCUCCCAUCCUCCGCCACCACCCUCACCGCCCCCCCUCUCCCCUACGCCCACGCAGGGCACCAGGGAUGCUGGGCCUCUCCAACCUUCAGUGCGGGGAUUCAGCGUGCCCAUGUCAACGAAGAGAUUCCUCCCUCCCAUACUGCACCCCAGCAUGAGUAUGGUGCAAGUCGCAGGAUUCUUCCAGUUGCUGCCGAGGUGGGAAGACGGAGUGAGAGUGGAGCCGCGGCGCCAGGACACUUAGUGGGGCGCCAGGAGGAGGCAAUGGAGGGCGGCUACUGUGAUGCGGCGGGGCGGGGUGAGGCUGCAAGGCCCCGCUGACACAGUCCACGCAGCCACCACAGACUGGCGUCCAUUCUGCGCCGACACUCAGUGGUGGCAAGACUCCGGUGAUCCUACUACUAAUACUACCACUGCACACAUUCAGUGACCGUUGCCAAUGGGACAACCUAACGUUAUGAUGUUAAACGAGUUUGUGAAACACAAUGAUAAACGUUCCGCGAGUUACGCAGGGAAACAAACGAAAACGACGAGUUUGGUAUUUUUUCAAAGAGGACUGAGCGCGAGAACAGGUGCUGGCAGGGGUGGCUCGCGCGGCGCCAGAUGCACAGCCCGCAGCAGCUGCCCCGUGAAUGUGAUAAACGCGUGCAGGACAACACCAACGUCACAAUGAGCAGUUACCUUUUUUUUCGGAUCUGUAUAUUUUGUAUAUAUUACAAUGUAAGUAACUUUUAUACUCGGGUCGAGGUGCGUGGCCAAUCGGCAGCACCUCCACGUGUACAGAUGACCUGCCGCCCUGGCCCUCGCUGCACGCCCGAUCGCAGGCCCGGCCCCACCAACCCCCUCCCACCACGCACACAUCACCAUGUAUCUCCCUCUCUCUCCCACACACACACACACACACACACACACACACAGGAGGGCUAACGGCGAGGGCGGCGACGGAAGCCAGGGCGGACACGCUAGACCAGGUGUUCUAGCCAUUGUCCCGGUAUGGUAGAUUUUUCCCUGUUUUGGAAGGCAGAGUUGGGGACAAUCUCAAAUUUUGUACUGACCUUCAUCCCAAAACCCAUCCAGAUCACGUGUCUCACUGUUAAGAUGUCCACCGGCGGGAAGCGGCAGGAAACACUUGACUUGUGGUCCUGAAUUCCACUGUAAAGAUUUGACGAAUCUGAAUCACAUAUCCAAUGAAUCAAAACAUACAGCAGUAGAGUGCACAAGACAGGAUGUGUUCUGCACUCGUCCGCCCCACAUCCCCGCUCAUCACCUGCCCACCCUGGGGGACGCCCACCCGCUGAGCCUCUCUGGCUCAGUCUGCCAGGCUCGCAGUCUUCUCAGUAUCACUCCAGCACUCGCCGUGAGGGUGCUGACGCUCGAGGAGCCUCGCGCGGCGGCGGGGUGCGAGCGGAGGCGGGGAAGGGGAGUGGACCCACCCUGGGCAGGCACCACCACUGUGUGCUAAAUGUUUUGUCUGUUGCCUCGCCCCUGUGAGGACGCACGAGGCUGCAGUGAGGCCCCAUGCGUGCGAGGCCGUCGUGUGAGCGGGUGCCGCCGUCAAGGGUACAGAUACUUCUACCAAGGGUACAAGUGCCGCUAUCAAGUAUACAGGUGCCGCUGCCUAGUGUACGGGUGCCACCGCGUGUACAGGUGCCACCAACAAGUGUACAAAGAUGCACGGGCGGGGCUGCACAGCGUUAGUAACACUUCCUCCAGAGGCGUGUUAGCCCACCACUGCGUUGGCAGCGCUGCCCGUGUGAGCGUCCUAGGUGUGUGACAACCGUGACGUCAUCCAUGUUGUUUGUACUUAGGCUACACAGGUGUCGUAGACACAAACAGUACGUUUUCUCUUAAAUAAAUGAUCUCAAAAAUUCUGUUGUAAAA